CUUUAAACACUUUAUAUCAUUACUAACUAUUAAUUCUAUUAAGACUAUUAGGUCGCUGAGUAGUAUCUCUCGGAAGAAAGAGAGAAAAAUGUUGAGAAUAAGUUUUAAAACAAUUUCCUUUUUGUAUACCAAAGGUAAAAAUCCUCCAUCGCAGCCUGCAAGGCAGAAAGUUGUUAUUAGAGCAAAGAAUUGCUCGUUGUUUAGAGUGUGCGGUUAAAACACGGGGUUAAAAAUGUUAGAUUUCGAAGCUUGAAACACUAUAUGAACUAUAGUAUAUUAUGGAGUACCGAAAAAAGUCUCAACAAAACAGUGGCACUUCUACUCAUGAAGAAAAUCAAGUUAGUAAACUGAAUUUUAGUAAUGAGGAGCGCUUUGAGAAAAGACUACCAGCUACCUUCCCAAGACGUAAAAAUGAUGUAUACAUAAAUCAAAAGUCUAAUUUCAUAGCUCAGUUUAAUAAGUGUAAAUCAAUGCUUGCUAAUGGGGAAAAGGAAAUAUUCAUUCAUGGACUUGGUGCUGCUGUAAAUACAGCAGUGAAUCUUGCUCUCCAGUUGAAAUCAUCUUUUUCGAAAAGUAACCUCACAUUAGAGGCUUCAACCUCGACUGUUGAUUUGGUGGAUGAUAUGAUAUCAGAAGAAGGACAUCGUUUUCAAUAUCGGAAGAAUUCCGCUAUUCACAUAAAAAUAAAGCAGUCGAUUGCAACAAAAAGUUAAACUCAGAAAUCAAAAUGCUUAUAUAAUUAUGUCUUUUCAAUAUAAAAUAAAAUUAAUAUUGGUAAGUUCCUUGAAA